GCCCAUCAUUGUGCGAUUCGGACGCAAAGAAGUCAGUUUUCGCGUCGCAGCGCUAGCGGCAGGUUGUUUCGCGCGUGCUAUCGCCACUUGCCCACAUGUAGGACGUACAAUCCGGUCGUGUUCGCCGAUCCUCAACUGUGCGCGCCGCAAUAAAUGAAACAAUCAGCGGAGGUGCGUUCUGCAAUCGACGCUGCUGCCGUACGCCGAAGACACGUCGGUCCUCUGCCAAGAUAAUACGAUGUCAAUCAAUCACGAUCGGGGCUAAUAAAUGUAGUGCCCUCCUACAAUUCAUCAUUCUCGACGACCACCGGACUAAUACUAUCCUCUGCAUGUGAUUUCCGGCGAGUGUAUGUUCUUGCACACGCACAGCACGCGCGAUAAUGUGUAUGUGCAAUCGGCGUGCAGCCAGCUACGCGUAAGCGAGAUGACGAUGCGCCUCAAGAGGAUGAUGGGCAGCCGGCGCUUCAUGUUCUACGGCAUUGCGCUCCUAGCUGCCACCGGACUACUCCUACGCUUCACACUGCUCUACUACAAUGAGAACGAUUUUCCGGCUAUGAUCACCGCCGACAAGUACGUCGUUGGCGCUGAUCGCAAGGUGUACGAAUACAAUCGAGACAUGCCGCUCAUCUUCAUUGGCGGCGUGCCACGAUCUGGCACCACGCUCAUGCGAGCCAUGUUGGAUGCUCAUCCUGAUAUCAGAUGCGGUCAGGAAACGCGCGUAAUCCCUCGCCUCCUGCAAAUCAGCCGCCACUGGCUAAAAUCCGAGAAGGAGUCGAUGCGUCUGGAGCAGGCGGGCGUGAGCAAAGCCGUGCUCGACUCGGCGAUCGCCGCCUUUAGCUUGGAAAUCAUAGCCAAACAUGGAGAGCCUGCGGCGCGGCUUUGCAACAAGGACCCGCUCACCAUCAAGAUGGGCACGUAUGUGGUGGAGCUCUUUCCGAAUGCCAAGUUUAUCUUUAUGACUCGUGAUGGCCGCGCCACUGUGCACUCAAUCAUCUCGCGCAAAGUGACCAUCACCGGAUUUGACCUGACCAAUUAUCGGCAGUGCUUGAAGAAGUGGAAUAGUGCUGUCGAGUCGAUGCAUAUGCAGUGCAAGGAGUUGGGUCCUGGAAAAUGCCUGAGGGUUCCCUACGAGCAAUUGGUGCUGCAUCCGAAGCAGUGGAUGGAAAAAGUGUUGAAGUUUUUGGACAUUCCGUGGAAUGAGUCUGUAUUGCAUCAUGAGGAUUUUAUUAACAAUGGGAUAAAAUUGAGCAAAGUGGAGCGAUCAUCGGAUCAGGUAAUAAAACCGGUUAACUUGGAAGCACUCACCAAGUGGGUGGGUAACAUUCCCGACGACGUGAUCAAAGACAUGGCGGAUAUCGCUCCAAUGUUAUCCGUGCUCGGCUACGAUCCGUACGCGAAUCCACCGAACUACGGUACACCGGACUCGAAUGUCGCUGACAAUACUCGCGACAUUCAGCGCAAUAGUAAGCGCUGGGAGGAGAAGGCGCGCGAGAUGUUCAAGUUGAACGCUGCCAACAAUAAACUCCUUGCUGAUGCUGCCGGUGGCGGCAACAACGACGGCGACGCUUUUAACGACGCCACCGACAACAACAAUGACACGUGAUACAUGUUAACUGCUUAAGUAAUUUAUUCAUUUCUCACCUUUUCUCACCCAAAUCGGCAACUAGUGGACGUUGGCAUCAUUCGCAUCGGGAACAAAAGUGUGGAGAGUGCAAGGACGAUUGUUUUUAUACAUUAACAACACUUUAUAUGUGACACACACAAAAAGACGCAAACGAUUUUUGUUUUGAAAUGACGGAUUUUUAUUUGGACACUUGAAUAUAGUUAAUUAUUACUUGCUAUGAAAUUUAAAACGUUUAAUGAUCUAUUUAUUGUUAAGUUUGUUUGAGGAUACGAGCGUUUUUAUCGAACGAAUGUACAAACUCUCUAGGCUAUUGAUAACAUAUCGAAUUUACUUGAGGCUUGAGCAUUCACUCUAAUCAGGUUGUUGGAUGCGCUAACGAACAAUUACUGUCUAGCUAGAAUUGUCCUGGCUAUAGUUAAUAGGUCUUAUGUUGUCAGAUUUUUUAAUGUGUGAAUACUUUUUUGAUAAUGAGUCAUUUUGUAACUACAUAUACAUUGCUGCCACAUUUGUAUAUUCUUUCUAUCUGUUAUUUGAAUUUAUUAGUGUGUUUGAAAGCAAUGCAAAGUUGUUAUUAGUCGCAUCGGUUUUUUUCGAUUUUCUUACACGAACUUUGGGCCAGUAAGAGUCUGCAUAUGGCAGAAUUCGAAUGAAUUUAUGCGAGCAUUUAAUAAAUUUAGAGUGAAGAAUUGUGCUGAGAUGAAACAGAUUUCACAAAGGAAUUGUGAACCAACUAUAUGUACAUAAUAUUAAUAAAGAAUAUAAAUUAUAACAUUUAUCACAGAA